UCCCUUAUAAAAGCCCUUCCCUCUGAUCUUCCAUUUUCCAUACGAGACUCACUAAUUUCCUUACGUAUUCCCCUCCUCCUCUUCUCCUCACAUUGUAAUCCCUUCACCAUAUACAUUCUUCAUAGCAUAUUUCACUGUCUUCCCUCAUCGGGAUCAUCGCAAAAACCGCACGCUUUGCUUCUUUCGACAAUUUUGAGCUGUUUACCUGCCAGUUAGCGAAGUUAAAAACAAGGAAGUUUGUUUGUUUGACCUCCUAGAUUUUUUCUACAUUAUAUCUCAGCGUCUUCUUAUCUGAAAACCCAAUUUAGGUUCCUCUGCAUUUUCGUUUAACAGCGAGUAAAAAGAAAAAAAAAAUGAUCUCUUCCAUUAAACUUGCUCCUUCUUCUUCUUUCGCAUCCUCAGAUUUCCUACCCAAGACACAUUCGGGGACGAAGCUUCGAUUUUCUCCCCUACCCAUUAUCAGAAAUGGCCAGCAACAGAGCUUUAACCACUCAAUUUCUCCUCAGAAGCCUCUGUACAUCACUUUAGUUGGAAACUUCGCGUUUUCUACGAAGACCCAGAAGCGGGAGACUGAGUGUAAAGCCUACGAAGCUGACAGGUCUCGUCCUCUGGACAUUAACAUUGAUUUGCCGGACGAGCAGACGCGAUUCGAGGCGGCGCAGAAGCUCAAAAUCGGGAUUUACUUCGCUACUUGGUGGGCUUUGAAUGUGGUGUUCAACAUUUAUAACAAGAAGGUCUUGAAUGCGUUUCCUUACCCGUGGCUCACCUCGACUCUGUCUCUUGCUUGUGGUUCUCUCAUGAUGCUCGUUUCUUGGGCUACUAGAAUCGCUGAUGCUCCCAAAACUGAUUUAGAGUUCUGGAAAACGCUGCUCCCCGUUGCUGUGGCACAUACAAUCGGACAUGUAGCAGCAACUGUGAGUAUGUCAAAGGUUGCUGUUUCAUUCACCCACAUCAUCAAGAGUGGUGAGCCUGCUUUCAGUGUAUUGGUUUCAAGGUUUCUGUUGGGUGAGACAUUUCCGGUGCCGGUCUAUUUGUCACUCUUGCCAAUUAUUGGAGGCUGUGCACUUGCAGCAGUUACAGAACUCAAUUUUAACAUGACCGGAUUUAUGGGGGCUAUGAUAUCUAAUUUGGCAUUCGUCUUCCGUAACAUUUUCUCGAAGAAAGGGAUGAAGGGGAAGUCUGUUAGUGGGAUGAAUUAUUAUGCUUGUUUAUCCAUGUUGUCUCUGUUGAUCCUCACACCCUUUGCAAUUGCUGUGGAGGGUCCUCAGGUGUGGGCUGCUGGGUGGCAAAAUGCCGUCUCCCAAAUUGGACCAAAUUUUAUUUGGUGGGUGGCAGCUCAGAGCAUCUUCUACCACUUGUAUAACCAAGUCUCCUACAUGUCCCUUGAUCAAAUCUCUCCAUUGACAUUUAGCGUCGGAAACACAAUGAAGCGUAUAUCUGUUAUCGUUUCCUCCAUUCUCAUCUUCCACACUCCUGUCCAGCCCAUCAAUGCCCUUGGAGCAGCCAUUGCAAUCUUUGGCACGUUCCUUUAUUCACAAGCAAAGCAGUAAGGAAAACAAGGAUUGCGAGAAUUGAAAUGUAAUGUGUGUGAUACCGCGGCUCAAGCUCAAAACUCUUGUAAUGGCCGUCAAUGGAUGGUUCGCAGGACUUGAAUUUUGCUCCGGUGGACUCACAAUGACAAGUAGAUGAUGAUCGUGAUUACUUCUUAUCAUUCUUUUACUCGAGCAUCUAGUUUGAAUGCACGAUAUAUUACUAAAUGUGAGUAAAUAACAAAUGUUUGGGUGUGUUGAGCUGAGAAUAAUGAUGAAAUGAAAUCAAUUUCUUGAUGAUAAGUUUGUUUAGCUGUUAAUGAGAUGGGUUUCUGCAACUUUCCCAGUUCCAAAAUCAGGGACCUUGGUGCUCAUCUGAUCAUGUGAUGGUGAGCAUUUUGGGUUGGUGAUCAGUUUGUGUGGUCAUUAAAAUACAAGAAUGGAGCUUCCUUGGCA